AUGUUCGAAGGAUCGUAACUUUCCGCCAUUAAGAUCUUAGUUGUCCUCUCGUAGCCGACAUUUUUUAUCGUGGGCUACGACCACCGCUAAGAUGUAUUUUCAAACACCCGUCCGAACGCUCGUAGCUCACGAUGAUGCGAUCGUAAAGCUUGGUGCGUUCCGUCCCGCUGUCCAGGAAUGAAACUCGGCUGACUGCCGCUCAGCCAACCAGAAGAGGCGUAUUAACAGCCUUUGAGAGUGAUAGCCAAUGAUAUUGCACCGUGAAACGUAAACAAAUACACGCACUUGCAUGUGGAGACGUCAGUGUUACAUGUGUAGAUCCUCGCAGCCCAGACAGCAAGAAGAGAAGAAGUGUUGUAUGUAAUCAGCAGUAAGCAGUGGUGGAAAGGAAAGCAGACAUGGCAAGUGAGGUGCCGCCCACCAAACGCCUUCGUCGUGCAAACUUUUCGGAUGAAGAAAUGCUGACAAUAAUACAGGGUUGGCUGGACAGAAAAACUGUCUUGCAGGAGAAGUUCAGCCAUCAAGUAACUGCAGAGAGAAAAAGAAAGGCAUGGGAAGAAAUAACUUGUGCUGUCAAUGCAGUUUCUCCUGUAGCAAGAGAGAGAGAGAGAAGUGAAGAAAAAAUUUAUUGACUUCAAGUCAUCAGUAAAGAGGAAGCAUGCUGCUCUCAAGUGUCAACAGGAAAAAAACUGGUGGCGGAGUGCCUGAUGUAAAACCCCUGACCAGUGUUGAAGAGGCAAUGCUUCCGUUAAUAAAAGAUGUCCAAGUAUCUGGUGUUCCUGGACUUCGUGACCCUCAUCCUGCCAGUGAUGAUGAAGAGGACUUGGCAGCAGGUGACAUAGAUGUUACACUACCAUCAAGGCCAGCCUCACCAAGACCCAGUGGCACCCAAAACCUCCAAAUCUCAUCACCUCCAGAGCCUCUGUCACCAGACACUGACACAGAGGGAGUAGUGGAGAUAGCAUCUGAACCUGCUCCACCACAAGCUGAUGAUCAUCAAUACAGCCAACCUCCUCAGGCUGGUAGAAAUCAGAGAGGCUCAUCACGUCGUGAGGGUACACUGGCUCCAGAAAUGCUUCAAGUUCACGAGGACAUAAGAAACUCCUUGUCUGAUUUGACUGAAUGCAUUACUACAUAUUUGCCAGGAAUAGCAACAUCUUUGAAUGAAUUGGCAUCUCGCAGACUUGUUUAGGAACAUUUCAAAAUGUCCUACAAAAUAUUCUUGUUAUUUUUGCAUUCCAGUGUCAUUUCUUUUCUGAAUUUGCUCAUUACCAAUUUCUUUUUAUUUAAGGAAUACUCUUAUUAUUUUCCACAGUAUUAUUUUUCUAUUUUGCUUGAUAUAUAGGUAGUUAUUUAUUUUUAAAUUUAAGGAGUUUAUAACCUGUUUUCACAGUGCCAUUUAUUUUCUUAUUUUGUACAAUGACAUAUUUAUUUAUUUUUACGGAGUAGCCUAUU